GCUUUGGGGCAGCGAGGAGAGGAGGGCUGGUCUUCCCUACUUGGCUAGUCCAUACAUCACGCUCCCCUGCACACUCAACCCUUACACUCCACCUGUGUGGUCACGCUGAGAGCCCAUUCCCGUCCCUCUCAGAUCCACCCCUCCACCUCCUCGUCCACUCGUCCUCUCCCUUCCGGCUGUUUUUCUCGGCUCCUCCUCUACCUCCUUCUGUGCAGUGACUAUCGAAGAAAUUUCCUCAGAAACUAAAGGGGUCUUUGUUUGUCUUUGCUCCAGUCGUCCCUUCCCUAAUCCCUUCUGUGCAGCUUCAGUGCCGUCGAACUCAUCACAAUGAAUGACAUCGACGAAAAAACGAUGCAUGCUCUUCGCAAGGCCUUUGCAUCCGUGGACAAGACAAGAAGUGGCUUCGUAGAUAUCAAAGACAUUGAGGGAAUCUUCAACAACAUGGGGACCGCCUUCGACAUCGAUGACCUUAAUGCAACAAUUAAAAGAGUCGACAUUGAUAACGACGGCAAGAUUAACUUCGACAAGUUCGUGAUCAUCGCCUCCAACUUCUUGCAAGACGAUGACGACGAGACCAUAACGAAUGAGCUGAGGGAAGCCUUCAGACUCUACGAUAAAGAAGGCAACGGCUACAUCACCACGCUAACCUUGCGGGAAAUCCUGAAGGAACUGGACAACAAGCUCUCCGACGCCGACCUUGAUGUCAUUAUCGACGAGAUUGACGAAGACGGAAAGGGGAAGGUGGAUUUCGAAGGGUUUAGGGAACUAAUGAUCUAACUGUCCCCUCUUUUCCCCCCUCGCUCUUGCCUUAUUCUUUUCCUUCUUACUCGUCUUGUUUUUUCCUUUCUCUCUCGUCUUUUUCACCUUCUUUCUCGUGUUUAUUUUGCUUUCUUUUUCGCCUUCAUUCUUUUUUCUUCUACUUUGUCUUCGCGCUUAUAUAGGUAUUUUAUAUUACUAAACCGUCGCGUUGCAAAUGGAAGCGUAGGUGUUAUGGCUGCUUACAUAAAAUGUUUUUAUCAUUAUUAUAUUAUUACGAUUAUUGUCAUUACAAUUGGUAUCUUACUGUAAUAUUGUAACUAUUUACAUAUAUCAUAUUUUGCUAAUUCCAUGAUUUUUUUUAUAUUGUUAUCAGGGAGAGGAAUGUUAUCAAAGACAUUGCAGCAAAGAAAUAUGAUCGUACUGCCGUAAAAGAUAUAUUUCUACCUCUUCCUUUGAAAUAGACACACCCCAUCCCAAAAAGUCAAAAUCUAUUUAUCUUAGUGUAUAUAUUGCACCAGGUAGGCAAUGAAGCGUAUGAUUUAAUCCCACGAGCAUGCUACCUUGAACAUUUCUAUUUUCUUUUUUGUAUUUAUGUUAAUACUGCGAUGUCUUGCUGUGUAUAUUUUUUGCAUCCAGUUUGCACUUUCAAAGACAUUGGUGUACUGUCGAAUGUAAAGAUACUUGAGAUAAUAUAUUGUUUAGUAGAAA